AUGAAUGAAGAAAUAACAGAAAAUGGUUUUGAAAACCUCAAACAUGAUGGCAGUAGCGAACUGAAUCAUAUCCCGCGACAAGAAAGUGACUCGGACAGUAAAAACUUUCGAAGAGAUUUAUCUCCAGAUGACUUUGAUUACCUCUCAGAAAGAUCAGUUUCGCCAUAUAUAACAAAUUAUUUAAAUAAUAAUAAUGUAAUUAAAACACCUUCAACGAUUUCCAAUUUAUCAGGCUUAUUGAGCAACGUUGAUUUUAUAGCUUCGCCGAGUGUCAUACACAAAGUUGGUGAUGUUGCUAGCUCUUCAAUAAGCACAAUAGGUUCUGAAUUUCGAAAUGAAGAAUUUGAUCGAAAUUAUAUUGAGAAACGUAAAGUGGGUGAUGAAUGCAUUGAUAAUAUAAACAGCAUGACUUACUUGGAUCUCGAUGAUUAUACAUUACAUAAUUAUAACAUAAACGAAGACAACAUGAGCACUCAAAGUAAAUCCAAUACUUCAACUAGUAUACUUCAAACCACUGUCUUAGAAAACAUCCAUGAAGUAAAUGAUAGCUAUGGCAUAAAUACGAGUAUUUUCCAAAGAAAAGAACAUAUAUCAAAGUCACUUGGAAAGCCUAUUGAGGAAAAUGACAUUUUAAACUAUCAAAAUUCAAUACGAAAAAAAAAUGAAUCCGAGAUAGAAACUAAGACCAAAGAAGAAAAUAAACCUGAAGAAGAAAAACAAACGGAAGAAGAAAAUAAGCCUGGAGCAGAAAAUAAGUCAGAAGGUGAAAAUGGGUCUGAAGAAGAAAAUACAGAAGUCUACUGUAAAACUUUGACUAGAAAACGAAAACAAAACACAAAUGAAUGGCAAGAUAAGAAGAACAAACUACUUAAGAAUUCUGGGCAGUCUUAUACCGGGGUCCGUUCUAAAAAAGUGUAUCCCUCAAAAUCCAUUCGAGAUUCUUGCAAUUGCAAAAAAAAAUGCUGCGAAAAGUUCAAUGAGGAAUCCAGGAAAGCUAUAUUUGAGUCUUAUUGGAGAAUUGGUGAUCAUGAAGGUCAAUGGCAAUACAUUUUAAGAUAUAUAAUAGUUAAUAACAUCAAAAGAAUGCAAAUAGAGAGAAAAGCUAAUCGAUUACAGACAAUAACUUAUUUUUUACCAUUAAAUGGAUCCAAAGAACAGGUUUGUAAAUCUUUUUUUUUGAACACGUUAAGCAUAUCUGAAAGAAGUGUUUAUACAGCUAUAGAAAAGAGUAAAAAUGACGAAAACAUAAAAGACAAAAGGGGAACACAUCACAAUAGACCACGAAAAAUGAAUAUAUGGACUGAACAUAGCAUUUUAACGCACAUUAAGCUCUUCCCUGUAGUAGAAUCACAUUACACAAGAAAACAAUCAAAGAGAUUGUAUUUGUCAGAAAAUUUAAACGUAAGUAAAAUGUAUCGCCUGUAUAAUGAGUGGUUUAGUAAUUACAAAACCGAUUAUCCAGAUACCACAGAAGCUACCAAAAGACAGUAUGAAACUAUAUUUAAUACACGUUUUAAUUAUUCAUUUUUUAAACCCAAUAAAGAUCGAUGUGCUGCUUGUGCUUUGUAUGAAGAGGCUGAAGAGGAAAGAAAGGUUACUCUCGAAGAAACUUAUAGAGCACACCUGAAGAACAAAGAAAAAGUUCGAGAAAUAAAGAAUAAUGAAAAAAGUACUUCUGACCCUAAAGUUACGACAGUUGCUACCUUUGAUCUCGAGAAAGUCUUAAAUAUCCCUCAGUCAAACGAAGGAGUAUUUUAUUAUAAGAGGAAAUACCCUAUCUAUAAUUUUACCAUAUUUAACAUUUUAAAUCUACAAGGAUACUGCUACGUUUGGCACUAUGAAAUAGCCAAAAGGGGAACUAUAGAAAUCGGUAGUUGUCUUUUAAAUUUCAUCGAAAAUGAACACACAAAGGGAAUUCAAAAUAUUUCUUUUUUUUCUGAUAGCUGUGCCGGGCAAAAUAAAAAUAAAUUUAUAUUUGCCCUUUAUUUAUAUGUUACUAAAAAAUAUGGUAUUAAUAUCACCCAUCGAUUUUUUGAAGUUGGGCACAGUCAGUCAGAAGGCGAUGCCAUGCAUUCAUGUAUAGAAAGAGCUAAAAAUAACAAAAUUAUUUAUACUCCUGAUCAAAUGUACGCCAUAAUUUUAAACUCCAAAAUACAAGGUAAAACUUAUGUGUUAAAAGAAAUGCAACAAUCCGAUUUCUAUGAUAUUAAAGAGCUCAUAGAUAAAAGAUAUUGGCUACGGGAUUUUAAAGGUAACAAAGUUAUGUGGUCAAAAAUAAAACAAGUCAGCACAUUCGGCACAGAUCCUGAUACACUAUUUUUUAAAUAUGAUCUCGAAUCCGAAUUUGAAUCACUAAAAACUUUUUCUAAAUAUACACGUGGAAGAAGAUCCAAAAAAAAUAAUGAUACUGAUGCGAAUAUUCCUGACUCGAUAGACAUUUUAAAACAAGCUUAUAAUACACCAUUUUCCAUACCGAAGCCUCUUUACUACGAUCUUUUAAAUCUGUGUAAAACUGAAGCUAUACCUAAACAUUAUCACGGCUUUUACAAAUCCCUCAAAUGUGAUGAAUGUAACCAAUCUCAUGAAACUCAUGAAACUGGUCUGGUUUCAAUCAAUCUUCAGAAAAUGAUUGAAACCAGACCAUACAUAGUGAUUAAGACAAUAAAUAUAGUUGAUUAA